AUUUUAUUUUUCUAGUGCUGAUGAUGACAUACAUUUUGAUGAUACUGAUGGUUUUAUGGCUCUUGGGGGCAGCAAGUUUGUUGCCAGCAUAGAUGGUUUCUUUGGACCUGUGAAAUAUUAUCGCCUGAAGGCUCUGCAAAUGGAUGAGAUAUCUAACCCUCUUCCAGAAGAUGAAGUAUAUCACCAAAUUCAGGAUUAUUACAGCAGAUGUUUUAACGUGAAGGACAUAGUACGCCUGUAUGUCAAUGUGCUAAAAAGAGGAGCACAUCAAGGAGACUAAGAGUCAAGCCAAGAAUAGCUACUCGGACCUCUACCUAAACUAUAGAGACAGACCCACCUGUAAUGUGGUUCCUUGGACACAAGAGGAUGAAAGGAAACAUAGCCAUCUAUUUUAUCUUCUAACAUCUACAGAGAGAACUUCAUUAGAUUUUUUGAGAGAUCCAGUGCCUGCAUUUGGGAAGAAGAUAUUUGAACAUGUUAUAAAGAAUUUGUCUGAUGGUUUCCAGCAUCUAAAUUCCUCUGUCCCUCAUUUAAUGGACGCUAGCUGCUGUGGAUAUCACAAAGCAUCCUACCUGUUGGCCAUUGUCUAUGAAAUUGGCCUAAGUGUGCCUGCUGACCCAGCCCAGGCUCUGUUAUAUAGCCUAAUUGGGGCACAAGGAGAUGAUAGACUUGCUCUGAUGAAGCUUGGAUAUAAGCAUCUUCAAGGGAUAGACACUCACAGGUUGGAUCUAGAUGUGGCAUUUGCCUACUACAUGAAUGUUGCAAAGAAAACUCCAAAGGAUCGAUCAGCCAGGCACACAGAACAGGCAUUUGUAGAAACUGUGCGGUUAAUGGAUGAUGAUAUUUUAAAGGAGCAAACCAGGGAAAAUGAUGACCUGUUCCUGUGGCUUAAACAGAACGCAGAGAGAGGAGAUCCAUAUGCCCAGCACAGAUUGGCCCAAAUGCUUUUCUGGGGUCAGCAAGGUGUGGCUCAGGACACCAGAGCAGCCAUAGAAUGGUAUGAACGGGGAGCUCUGGAGAACGAAGAGCCAGUGCUGAUGUACGAUUAUGCUGUCCUCUUGUUUAAGGGUGAUGGUGUGCCAAAAAACAAGAAACUAGCUUUGGAGUUAAUGAAGAAAUCUGCUUCUAAGGGUCAAGUGGAGGCUCUGAAUGGCUUGGGUUGGUAUUACCAUAAUUUCAAGAAAGACCAGGUGAAGGCUGUGAAGUACUGGAGCAAAGCCUAUGAUAAGGGGAAUGCUGAUGCAGCAUUUAAUCUUGGAGUUAUGCAUCUGCACGGCAUCUCUUCAGAAUCUGAAGCCAAUGAAACACGUGCUUUUGAAUACAUGUCUAAAGCUUCAGAUGGUGGCCAUAUUGAAGCUUCCAUUAACGUAGCACAAUAUUUAAUCACGGGGAGUUUGAAAAAUAUACAGAGAAAUCCAGAGACAGCCAUAAUUUUGGCAAAGUUUGUGGCUGAACAAAAUGGGAACGUUGGACUUGUUAUCAGAAAAGCUGUAAAUGCUUAUUUGGAUGGGUCACUAAAUGAGGCUUUUUUGCAUUUCGUUUUGGCAGCAGAAGCGGGUAUUGAAUCAUCUCAGACAAAUGCGGCAUAUCUCUGCGAGGAACUUCCCGAACUGUCUGCAAUCCCACUAAGAGAUUCCUGUGUAUGGAGGUAUUACAACUUGUCAGCACGCCAGCCCACUCCCUCAACAUAUGCUUUAUUGAAGAUGGGUGACAUGUAUUAUUAUGGAGGGGAACACCACCAUAGACAUCUGGAAGAGUCAGUGAAGAUGUACACACAGGCGGCAGCACUUGGAGAUGCUCAGGGCUUUUUCAACUUAGCUCAACUAAUUCAAGAAGGCGUCCCUAUUCCUGAAUACAUAUUAAGACCUUUGAAAUUGGACAGAUCUGUGCUUGGGGAUAACCACACCGUUGUGAUAGAGCUCUACGAAAGGUGCCAGAAUCACAGUAGUGAUGAAGGUGUCAGUCCUUGUACCCUUGUGCUCCUUUACCUUCAAGUAAAGAACGCCUGGAAUAUAUUACUGCGCUCCCCUAUGAUGUAUGUGCUGGUGUCUGCUGUGGUGGCUGUAUUCACAGUACAAUGCAUAUGUGCAAUUCAAGAUUUGAUCCUAAACUUCAGAGGAGUCAAUGGAUUGCACAACAGACCACCAUUAGAAGAAAACUACACAAUGGCAAAUCCAAGUGAACCAAAUGACAGAACCAACCUGGAAAAUCCCCAUUCAGAAAUACGAAAUAUUGGCUUGCACAGAUGA